GCUGUCAAACUGGCUCGCUAACUUGUGAGCCGAGGGUCACUCGACUCACGUUUGGUAUGUUCAUGUGUAUCGGUACUCACGUCGAGAACAAGCAGACCCGUGUAACUUGACCAUAUCUAAACAUAGGUUUUGCAAGGCAAGAGGAAAUAGCAGCCCGCUCAGAAUUUGCUGCGCCAUGUAUAGAAGCCAACAUGGCGGAAGAAAGCCGUAUGAAUCUAGCUGCAUUACAGCAAAGAGAUCCGUACAUAACGGAAAUUAUCGACAAAGCUGUGAAAGUUACUCUCUACAAGUUUUCACAACAGAUGUCGAAAUGGAGUGUUACUGAUAUUGAAGGCUCUCUGUUUGUGUAUAGAAGAUCAGCAAGCCCCUCCUAUGGUUUGAUGAUACUCAAUAGGAAAGAUCUAAAUAACCUUGUUCAACCUUUGACCAACCAGGUUGAAUUCCAUCUCAAUACUCCAUUCCUCCUCUUUAAGAAACUCUCAGAUGAUCUGGAAGAUGCUAUUUUAGGCAUUUGGUUUGUUGAUACUGGAGAAUGUAUAAGGCUGACUGAAAAAAUUCAAAGAAUUCUGCGUGAGGUGUCUGGUCGAGGUGAAGAAAAAUGUUCUAACAUGGAUGGAGUGUCUGCCCGGUGCCUGGAAGGCAAAUCUGUUGAAGCUGGUCAAAAUAUUUUAAGUUUAUUAACAAAUGCUCAAAAAACAUAUGAUCAAGAACAUGGGGCCACAUACGAACAGACAGAUCCUAGGCCUAUCAAGCAUCCUAGUGGCGAUGCCUCGGGUAUGUCACAGAUCUCCUUAGCUGACUUGUUCCGAACAGUUAAUCUACACAGUGCCAAAGCUGGAAUGGUGGAUACUGCAACAGACACACCUAAACAUCCUGUAUUUGGAAGAUCCUUGUCAGUAGCAGAGGUUGAGGCCCAGCCUGUAGAUAACAGACAUCCAAUACUCAAACUGAUUUCAUCUAAAACAGUGGAGGAAAUAGAGAAACAGCAUAUAGAGGAGGAGCACAAGAGAUUAAAGGGAGGUGGAGGAAGUGCUGGUAACUCUGGCCACUCACCAGGUGGACACCAGACUGAAGGUGGCAUUGAUCUGAUGCAGCUCUUGCGGCAAGGUGCAGCCAAGCAGUCCAUCAAGUCACUGGGUGUUGAAGGGGACAGUGGGGAUAAGGGCAGCAGUCUGACAUCAGAUGGGGCAGCGGCUGUGAAAAAACUCAUUAACAUGCAAGACCCCAAAUUUGGCACCAACAGAGGAUUUAUACCAGUGGCCGCAGCCAGCCAGUGUGAGAGCUACCCUGCCAUGCCAGACGCCCCAUUGGCUGAGGACAUCCAUGGAGACAAGAAGAAAGACAACUCUGCUUUAUUUCCUAUCAUGCUCAAACCCAGCGACCUGGAUCCAAGUCUUGGAAAAUCUAAAUCGCCUCCAGCCUUUACAGCCCUGCUGACCCCACAAGCUUUUUUAGAUCGCCCUUUCCAAGAUGCCAUGACUCCACCACCCUCGUCAGGUCUAGCUCCACUCACUAGAGACCAGCUCCAACAGGCUAUGUUACAUCUUAUUAAAAAUGAUAGUAAUUUUGUGAGCACACUACAUGCUGCGUACUUAGAGAGUUUUCAUGCUGCCACUGGCAACAAGUUGUAGCACAGGUCAGGUUGCAACAUAUAGGCCUACAUCACCAUCUGGUCAACCUACCUUCACUGUUGGGUCAUCACACUGGUCACCCAGCUGGUGAUCAGGACUAAAUUGGUAGAGCUCCAUCUUUAAUUUAUUGGACUAGCAGUCUCAGUACCACAGUUGUGUUCAGGUGCCAUACAGCAUUCAGUGGUGUGGUCAGGUUGCCUGGGCUCACGCAACAUUUUUAUUGUCACAGCUGGAACACUUUUUAUACAAACACUAAAGAGGUGCCAUUUUACCCUUGCAUAGAACAAUAGAAUAACAAAUGUGUUUUCAUGGAAUUGUCGGGAUACCUGUGUAAGAUAAGUUCAUUUUGUCAGUCAUGUGAGUGAUUAGUGCAAUUAUUUCUGUCUUUGUGAGUGAUGGUGCAAGUAAUUCUGACUGUGAGUGAUUGGUGCAACUUAUGCCAUUCAUGUGAGUGAUUAAUGCAACACAUAAUGUGUGACUAUUGGUGCAACAGGUUCUGUGUGAUUUGUGCUAUAAGUUCUGUUUGGUGUAUGAUUUGUGCUACAAGUUCUGUUUGGUGUGUGAUUUGUGCUACAAGUUCUGUUUGGUGUGUGAUUGUUGCUACAUGCUCUGUGUGAUUAGUGCAACAAGUUCUUUUUGUGUGAUUGGUGCUACAAGUUCUGUGUGAUUGGUGCAUGGUACUGGGUUAACGUCAAUGAAAUUUUUUUAAACUGGUGUUACAAUAUCAACAUUGAUGUGUAACUAAUGCAUUUGUUGCUGUUGAAACCUACUGCUAUUCAGUGUAAGGGUCUUGAGCUUAACCCCUUCUGGCUCUGUGAUAUUGUUGAAAGGUUCAUCAAUGUUAAGCACAGUCUUCAUGGGGAGAAUAUUAUUUAUAUGAAUGUAAAGUUGCGGAAUUAAAUUUUACAAAUGUUUACCAUGUUGUGAUUUGUGCCAAUAAAUGUCAUGUAGUCAAUUUC